AUGAAGGAAGCCAGAGGAGCUGUCAAAACCUUAGGCUCCUCCAAAAGUGAAAACAUGCACACACAGUGUUGUGUAGAAUAAUAAAUAUAAGACUAAACAUUCAUAUAAAUUGGAUUUGAAUCCAGCAUGCCUCCUGAAAAGUGGCCUGUCCUUGAAGAAGGCUGUCUGUGUUGUGUUAAUGUGCUGGUGGAAACUGACUAGCUCUGUCUCAGAGUCAAACUCCCCAGUCCCCACAGCUCCACUGUAGCUGCUACCAAGUCAGUUCUGUUCCCCUCAGGAAAUCUGGCCUUGGUUACACGGUUCAAACUAAGGCAAGCUGCAAGAUAGAUUGAAGCAUGUUCAGAUGUUUCUUCUUCUUCUUCUUCUUCUUCUUCUUCUUCUUCUUCUUCCUAUACUUACUAUUUUUCCUUCUACUUUAUUGAAUGUCACUGUGUAUUUCCUUGGGCGUAUUGGGUCUGGUUCUCCAGUGUGCCAACCCUGGUGUCUGAGAGCUCUACCCUGAUCGGGAGGAGAUGAGCUGGGCAGAGGAGGACUGGACGGUGGGCCUGCCUGGCCGGGCCCUGCAGAAGGUCAAGGAGCUGCAGGUCCAGCAGGAGAGGCUGAACCGAGAGAGACAGCAGAAACAGCUGCAGCUGGACAGCACACAGACCUCCCUCAACAAACAGACUGUCAAGGUACGAGGCCUAUGUUAAGUUAAUGUAUUGUGUUCAGUUCACGAGGAAGAGAAAGUUGUCAUCUGAGUUAGGUGAUGAUUACUGUAGAGAUAAGAGAUGAAGCUGUACAAUAACAAUGCAGCACUUUGCUCAGCUGGUUUAAUACUCGUUUAACAUGCUUUUCCUCUCAUUCUACCCUUACGCUGUGAAAACUAUUUCGCUUUAGUCAUGUUUGUCGUUAGUAGCCUAAACACCAGUCUGUUGUUGCUUUUAGCCAACUGCUAUGUUGUUGGUUAAAGCAGAAACAGACUGGCUCCCAGACUAGUGUGUACUACUUCUAUGUCAGGAAGUAAAUGGUGUUUUCCUGGUAUUCUUUAAAUUGUUAUUUCCUGCUUUCCUGAUAUUAUUGAGCUGAUAUUUAACCUCUCUCUGUCUGCCCAUCUCCUCUCCCUCUCCUCUCUCCUCCUCUCUAUGUCUGCCCAUUUCCUCUCUACCUCUCCUCGCUCCUCUCCCUCUCCUCUCUCCUCUUCUCUCCCCUCCUCUCUCUGUCUGCCCAUCUCCUCUCCCUCUCCUCUUCAGUAUGAGGAGGUGUGCGGGGAGCUGCAGUGUGUACAGAGGGAGUUACAGGGGGCUCGUGAGGAGGUGCAGGCAGGUGUCUGUGCGCAGGAGCGUCUCUCUCAGGAUCUCCAAGUGAAACAGGCCCAGGUGUGUUCACUGGAGGGACAGCUGGGCUCGGCACGAACCCUCACACACACCCUCGAAAAGGAGGUCAAAAGGUGAGUAGCAGCAGCUAUGGACAUUUGACCUGCAACAUUUUAAUUUACCGGACAUUUGACCUGCAACAUUUUAAUUUACCGGACAUUUGACCUGCAACAUUUACAUUUACUGGACAUUUGACCUGCAUCAUUUUAAUUUACCGGACAUUUGACAUGCAACAUUUUAAUUUACCGGACAUUUGAGAAAUUUACCGGACCCAUAUGCAUUGGGUGCGUAACCUGAUUAGGGCGUCCACCCAAGAUGCUCAGAAUGACAGAAAUAACAACACCAAAAUAAAAGCUAGACAGGGAGAAUCCAACAUUUAAAAAAUGAUUUAUUUAGAAAUAUCUUUGUCAUGGCCAUUGAUUUUGUUAUGUUUGAGUUACUCAGAUAGCAUAAGCCAUGGCAAGAUGUGUAGAAUUGCAGGAAAUUUGCUUUAAAACCGCAAAUCUUUAUCUCUGCCACAUGGCAAAAUGUGUAGAAUUGCAGGAAAUUCGCUUUAAAACAGCAAACAUUUUAUCCAGAAAAAACCCUGUGUGCAGGUCCUGUUCUUUGUUUCCUAUGUUCUCUCUUCUCCCUCUCUCCCUCUCCUUCGCCCGCUCCAUCCCGCUUUCCCUUCUCCCCCCCCCCUUUCUCUCCUUCUCUCCUCUUCGCUCCCUCUCUCCUUCUCGCCAUCCCACGAGCCUUUCCAGCUCUCUGCCCUCAUCCGACCGUCACUUCUCUCCGCGUCCAGCCCUCAGUCACGCUCCUCACCCUCAUCACCGCAUCGCCUCAUGACCAUCGAAAGAAAAGUCUCUCAAUCUCAUGCCUCUCAUACAUUCAGUCAAGACUACGUCUCCUCAAUCUCGAGUCUCUGACUCGUCCUUCUCUCCUCGGGCCUUCCUGGUGUCGCCUCCUCUGCCAUCGCUCGUCUACGCCUCUCUUCGCUCUCUCCUCAUCAUCCCUUCCCCUCCUCCCUCUCUCUCUUUCCUUGCCCAUGCAAAUUGUAGAUUCAGGAAAUUCGCUUUAAAACGGCAAAAUUUUCCAGAAAAAACCCGUGUGCAGGUCCUGUUCUUUGUUUCCUAUGUCUCUCUCUACUCGCAACUUUUCCAUACUCCUUCCCUCUUCCGCUCGUCUCUUUCUCCUUCUCCUCUUCCUCUCCCAUCUCCUACUCUCACCUCUCUCGUCUCAAGGUCCCCUUUUCCAGAGGCGGAGCUGAAGAGGAAGGAGAAUUGCCACUUAGCUCUCCCUCGACCUCGCCAUCUCCCGUUCUUUCCUUCUCUCCCUCUCUCCGCUCUCUAUCCUCCUCUUUCUCUCCCUAUCUCCUUCUCUCCUUCUCUCCCUCUCUCCUUCUCUCCCUCUCUCCUCCUCUUCCUUCUGCCUUUUUCUUUCUCUCUCUCUCUCCCAGGUUGGAGGCGGAGCUAGAGAAGUUACAGACCACUAGCAGCUCUGGAGAUUCCAUGUUGUUUUCCAACCCAUGCUGGAGUAUGACAUCACCACGGUACCACAAUGGUACAGCACACUCUACUCACUCUCUUGAUUUCCUCCUGCACCACCCUUUUUCUCUCUUGCUCUCUCUCUUGUUAUCUUCUUUCUAGUCUUCUCUCCCUUUGGUCCUCAGUCAGGAGAGCUCUUUCUUAGCUGAGUCGGAGUGUUGCUUAGUAACUGAACUAUGGAUGUUGUGUUGUGUCUCUGUAGGUGGGAGACAGGAGGACAGGCAAGGACAGAGAGAAGAGGGGGACAAUAAAGCACUACACGUCAGAGUGAGUUCAAUACCUAAAACUGAGGCCUUCUCAGCCAACCAGCCACACAUGUUCUGAACACACUGUAUUCUUUGGGCUCCCGAGUGGCGCAGUGGUCUAAGGCUGUAUCACAACCGGCCGUUAUUGGGAGUCCCAUAGGGCGGCGCACAAUUGGCCCAGCGUCGUCCGGGUUUGGCCGGUGUAGGCCGUCAUUGUAAAUAAGAAUUUGUUCUUAACUGAACUAGUUAAAUAAAGGUUAAAAAAAAUAUAUAAUUUUUUAUUUUAUUUGUCAUCCUACCAUAUGGGUUCACAGUGCAAUAACCCAGUGCUAUAACCCAGUGCUAUAACCCGGUGCUGUAACCCGGUGCUAUAACCUGGUGCUAUAACCCAGUGCUAUAACCCAGUGCUAUAACCCGGUGCUAUAACCCGGUGCUAUAACCCGGUGCUAUAACCCGGUGCUAUAACCCGGUGCUAUAACCCAGUGCUAUAACCCAGUGCUAUAACCCAGUGCUAUAACCCGGUGCUAUAACCUGGUGCUAUAACCCAGUGCUAUAACCCAGUGCUAUAACCCGGUGCUAUAACCCGGUGUUAUAACCCGGUGCUAUAACCUGGUGCUAUAACCCAGUGCUAUAACCCAGUGCUAUAACCCAGUGCUAUAACCCGGUGCUAUAACCCGGUGCUAUAACCCGGUGCUAUAACCUGGUGCUAUAACCCAGUGCUAUAACCCGGUGCUAUAACCCAGUGCUAUAACCCGGUGCUAUAACCCGGUGCUAUAACCUGUUGCUAUAACCCGGUGCUAUAACCCGGUGCUAUAACCCGGUGCUAUAACCUGGUGCUACUGGCUAUAGGGUGAACGCACCAAUUGGUGAGUCGCUCUGGAUAAGAGCGUCUGCUAAAUGACGUAAAUGUGCCCCUGAGCAAGGCACUUAACCCUAAUUGCUCCUGUAAGUCGCUCUGGAUAAGAGCGUCUGCUAAAUGACUAAAAUGUAAAUGUAAAUGUAUAACCUGGUGCUAUAACCCAGUGCUAUAACCCGGUGCUAUAACCCAGUGCUAUAACCCAGUGCUAUAACCCGGUGCUAUAACCUGGUGCUAUAACCCAGUGCUAUAACCCGGUGCUAUAACCCAGUGCUAUAACCCGGCCCGGUGCUAUAACCCGGUGCUAUAACCCGGUGCUAUAACCCAGUGCUAUAACCCGGUGCUAUAACCCAGUGCUAUAACCCGGUGCUAUAACCCGGUGCUAUAACCCGGUGCUAUAACCCGGACCUAUAACCUGGUGCUAUAACCCGGUGCUAUAACCCGGUGCUAUAACCCGGUGCUAUAACCUGGUGCUAUAACCCAGUGCUAUAACCCGGUGCUAUAACCCGGUGCUAUAACCCGGUGCUAUAACCCGGUGCUAUAACCUGUUGCUAUAACCCGGUGCUAUAACCCGGUGCUAUAACCCGGUGCUAUAACCUGGUGCUAUAACCCGGUGCUAUAACCCAGUGCUAUAACCCGGUGCUAUAACCCAGUGCUAUAACCUGGUGCUAUAACCCGGUGCUAUAACCCGGUGCUAUAACCUGGUGCUAUAACCCGGUGCUAUAACCCGGUGCUAUAACCUGGUGCUAUAACCCGGGGCUAUAACCCGGUGCUAUAACCCGGUGCUAUAACCCAGUGCUAUAACCCGGUGCUAUAACCCGGUGCUAUAACCCGGUGCUAUAACCUGGUGCUAUAACCCAGUGCUAUAACCCGGUGCUAUAACCCAGUGCUAUAACCCGGUGCUAUAACCCGGUGCCAUAACCCGGUGCUAUAACCCGGUGCUAUAACCCAGUGCUAUAACCCAGUGCUAUAACCCGGUGCUAUAACCCGGUGCUAUAACCCAGUGCUAUAACCCGGUGCUAUAACCCGGUGCUAUAACCCAGUGCUAUAACCUGGUGCUAUAACCCGGUGCUAUAACCCGGUGCUAUAACCCGGUGCUAUAAUCCGGUGCUGUAGCUGCACUUGUUUUCAUCCCUCCCUCUUUUUUCCUCCCACCUUCAGCAACAGCUCAAGUUCUCAGACCCUGGCAUCUUGUCCACGCCCAUGUUCCCACAACAACAAGUGCACGCCCCACCGGCGCCCGUCCCGCCAAUCAGACUCCUCCACUCCCUCGGCUGUGUUUCCGUGGGAACGGGACGACCCAAAGCCUUCCGCCAGGGGACGACUCACUCCUCCUCCCUCUCCCACUCUCCCCUCCAGCCAUGUCAUCAGACGAGGCCAGGAAGCUGGGGGUUGUGGGAUGGUGGAGGACCUCAGGAGAGAGACAGACAGUACGUGUCACUUUGUCACCUGUGUUAUCAUUUAUUGACAGAUCAAUCAUGUGUUCUGAUGUCAGACUCCACUCCAAGCACCUUGGUUUAUCGUAUACUGUAUGUCACAACAUCAUGUAUUUCAUACAUUCUGAUGUCUGGCCUCAAAUCUCUCUCUAGUAUUUCCAAGAAUCUGAGGAUUUGUUUCUUUUAGUAGUCCAAUAAUGGUAGUAUUUGUUUCCAUUAGUAGGGCAAUAAUAUAUGGUAGUAUUUGUUUCCAUUAGUAGGGCAAUAAUAUAUGGUAGUAUUUGUUUCCAUUAGUAGGCCAAUAAUAUAUGGGUAGUAUUUAUUUCCAUUAGUUGGCCAAUAAUAUAUGGGUUAUAUUUAUUUCCAUUAGUAGGCCAAUAAUAUAUGGGUUAUAUUUAUUUCCAUUAGUAUGGCAAUAAUAUAUGGGUUGUAUUUGUUUCCAUUACUAUGGCAAUAAUAUAUGGGUAGUAUUUGUUUCCAUUAGUAGGGCAAUAAUAUAUGGGUAGUAUUUGUUUUCAUUAGUAGGCCAAUAAUAUAUGGGUUGUAUUUGUUUCCAUUAGUAUGGCAAUAAUAUAUGGGUAGUAUUUAUUUCCAUUAGUUGGCCAAUAAUAAAUGGGUUGUAUUUGUUUCAAUUAGUAUGGCAAUAAUAUAUGGGUGGUAUUUAUUUCCAUUAGUAGGCCAAUAAUAUAUGGGUUGUAUUUGUUUCCAUUAGUAGGCCAAUAAUAUAUGGUUGUGUUUGUUUCCAUUAGUUGGCCAAUAAUAAAUGGGUUGUACAGUGGGGAAAAAAAGUAUUUAGUCAGCCACCAAUUGUGCAAGUUCUCCCACUUAAAAAGAUGAGAGAGGGAUGUAAUUUUCAUCAUAGGUACACGUCAACUAUGACAGACAAAUUGAGGAAAAGAAAUCCAGAAAAUCACAUUGUAGGAUUUUUAAUGAAUUUAUUUGCAAAUUAUGGUGGAAAAUAAGUAUUUGGUCACCUACAAACAAGCAAGAUUUCUGGCUCUCACAGACCUGUAACUUCUUCUUUAAGAGGCUCCUCUGUCCUCCACUCGUUACCUGUAUUAAUGGCACCUGUUUGAACUUGUUAUCAGUAUAAAAGACACCUGUCCACAACCUCAAACAGUCACACUCCAAACUCCACUAUGGCCAAGACCAAAGAGCUGUCAAAGGACACCAGAAACAAAAUUGUAGACCUGCACCAGGCUGGGAAGACUGAAUCUGCAAUAGGUAAGCAGCUUGGUUUGAAGAAAUCAACUGUGGGAGCAAUUAUUAGGAAAUGGAAGACAUACAAAACCACUGAUAAUCUCCCUCGAUCUGGGGCUCCACGCAAGAUCUCAUCCCGUGGGGUCAAAAUGAUCACAAGAACGGUGAGCAAAAAUCCCAGAACCACACGGGGGGACCUAGUGAAUGACCUGCAGAGAGCUGGGACCAAAGUAACAAAGCCUACCAUCAGUAACACACUACGCCGCCAGGGACUCAAAUCCUGCAGUGCCAGACGUGUCCCCCUGCUUAAGCCAGUACAUGUCCAGGCCCGUCUGAAGUUUGCUAGAGUGCAUUUGGAUGAUCCAGAAGAGGAUUGGGAGAAUGUCAUAUGGUCAGAUGAAACCAAAAUAUAACUUUUUGGUAAAAACUCAAAGAAUGCUGAGUUGCAUCCAAAGAAAACCAUACCUACUGUGAAGCAUGGGGGUGGAAACAUCAUGCUUUGGGGCUGUUUUUCUGCAAAGGGACCAGGACGACUGAUCCGUGUAAAGGAAAGAAUGAAUGGGGCCAUGUAUCGUGAGAUUUUGAGUGAAAACCUCCUACCAUCAGCAAGGGCAUUGAAGAUGAAACGUGGCUGGGUCUUUCAGCAUGACAAUGAUCCCAAACACACCGCCUGGGCAACGAAGGAGUGGCUUCGUAAGAAGCAUUUCAAGGUCCUGGAGUGGCCUAGCCAGUCUCCAGAUCUCAACCCCAUAGAAAAUCUUUGGAGGGAGUUGAAAGUCCGUGUUGCCCAGCGACAGCCCCAAAACAUCAAUGCUCUAGAGGAGAUCUGCAUGGAGGAAUGGGCCAAAAUACCAGCAACAGUGUGUGAAAACCUUGUGAAGACUUACAGAAAACGUUUGACCUGUGUCAUUGCCAACAAAGGGUAUAUAACAAAGUAUUGAGAAACUUUUGUUAUUGACCAAAUACUUAUUUUCCACUAUAAUUUGCAAAUAAAUUCAUAAAAAAUCCUACAAUGUGAUUUUCUGGAUUUUUCUUUCUCAUUUUGUCUGUCAUAGUUGACGUGUACCUAUGGUGAAAAUUACAGGCCUCUCUCAUCUUUUUAAGUGGGAGAACUUGCACAAUUGGUGGCUGACUAAAUACUUUUUUUCCCACUGUAUUUGUUUCCAUUACUAGGGCAAUAAUAUAUGGGUAGUAUUUAUUUCCAUUAGUAGGCCAAUAAUAUAUGGUAUUAUUUGUUUCCAUUAUUAGGGCAAUAAUAUAUGGGUAGUAUGUAUUUCCAUUAGUAGGGCAAUAAUAUAUGGGUAGUAUUUAUUUCCAUUAGUAGGCCAAUAAUAUAUGGUAUUAUUUGUUUCCAUUAGUAGGCCAAUAAUAUAUGGUAGUAUUUAUUUCCAUUAGUAGGCCAAUAAUAUAUGGGUAGUAUUUGUUUCCAUUAGUAGGCCAAUAAUAUAUGGGUUGUAUUUGUUUCCAUUAGUAGGCCAAUAAUAUAUGGGUUGUAUUUGUUUCCAUUAGUAGGGCAAUAAUAUAUGGGUUGUAUUUGUUUCCAUUAGUAGGGCAAUAAUAUAUGGUAGUAUUUGUUUCCAUUAGUAGGGCAAUAAUAUAUGGGUUGUAUUUGUUUCCAUUAGUAGGCCAAUAAUAUAUGGGUUGUAUUUGUUUCCAUUAGUAGGGCAAUAAUAUAUGGUAGUAUUUGUUUUGUGAGUGCAGGUUUGGAGCAGGAAGGAUGCAGUUAAAGUUAAACCAGUAAAGAAAGCUAGCUUCCUUUGACAACAGAAGGGCAGAGGGAGUGUGUCAGAGGGAGUGUUUAGCCUGAAUGCACCCCCAUUGUCUUUCCUGCUGGUCGGUAGACACUGGCUGCAGUAUGGGCUUUGUGUCAUCCUGUAUGGCUCCAGACACAUUUAAUUACUAGCCUUUCAGUACAGACACUGCGUUCCUCAACACAGGAGACAAGACUGCUCAAAUGUACUGUGAAAUGAGCUCAAAAUGGAUUUCAUAUGACUUGGAAUUGUGAAACCCCAAACUAGAGUUAAAGGCAUUGGAGAAACAGAGCUGAUAGUGCCUUGACAGUUGACUGACUCCUCUUAGUCAAUCUGUAUGGAUAGUCCUACAUUCACAAUCACCAACAGUUGCUACAGUGUUUUUGUUGUUGUUUUUCGGCCCAUCCACCACCACUCUUUGGAGGACAAAAAUGAACUUUCUCUUUUGUUGUUACAUGGACAUUCUACACACAUUUUACAUACAUUGCACUUUAUUUUAUAUUUUAUUUUACAGUAGUUACAUAGCAAGAAUGCAACGCCAGGGUUGUGGGUUCGUUUCCCACGGGGGGCCAGUAUGAAAAUGUAUGCACUCACUAACUGUAAGUCGCUCUGGAUAAGAGCGUCUGCUAAAUGACGUAAAUGUAAAUGUAAUGAGCUUUUAAACCCACCCCUCAGCUACUUUCAGUCCAUCCUACCUAUCGCCGUAAAACACCCUCUUGUGAUUUCCAUGGGCCAUAUUCUUUUCAACUGUGCUGUUUCACAUAUUCUGAACCUGUUUAAUCGCAUAGUAUCUACAAUUUGUAAGUUCAAGAUAACUAUUUGUACUAAAAAUAUUAUUAUGUUGAUUGAAUUCCAAAUCUCCCAACAGUGCUAUUUGUAGGGUUAAUUUGAGAUAAAUGUUGUGAUUUUUCAGCGAUUCCUGAACCUGUGACCAGAAUCAAGCUACAUAGGGGCAAUACCAGAAUAAAUGAUCUAGUGAUUCUGUCUCUUCGCAGCAAAAUCUGCAGAGCUGAGAUUGUUAUAUGCCCCAUAUACAGUUAAAGUUGGAAGUUUACAUACAGUUAGGUUGGAAUCAUUAAAACUCGUUUUUCAACCACUCCACAAAUUUCUUGUUAACAGACUAUAGUUUUGGCAAGUCGGUUAGGACAUCUAAUUUGUGCAUGACACAAGUAAUUUUUCCAACAAUUGUUUACAGACAGAUUAUUUCACUUAUAAUUUACUGUAUCACAAUUCCAGUGGGUCAGAAGUUGACAUACACUAAGUUGACUGUGCCUUUAAACAGCUAGGAAAAUUCCAGAAAAUGAUGUCAUGGCUUUAGAAGCUUCUGAUAGGCUAAUUGACAUCAUUUGAGUCAAUUGGAGGUGUACCUGUGGAUGUACCGUAUUUCAAGGCCUACCUUCAAACUCAGUGCCUCUUUGCUUGACAUCAUGGGAAAAUCAAAAGAAAUCAGCCAAGACCUCAGAAAAAAUAUUGUAGACCUCCACAAGUCUGGUUCAUCCUUGGGAACAAUUUCCAAACGCCUGAAGGUACCAUGUUCAUCUGUACAAACAAUAGUACGCAAGUAUAAACACCAUGGGACCACGCUGCCAUCAUACCGCUCAGGAAGGAGACGCGUUCUGUCUCCUAGAGAUGAACGUACUUUGGUGCGAAAAGUGCAAAUCAAUCCCAGAACAACAGCAAAGGACCUUGUGAAGAUGCUGGAGGAAACAGGUACAAAAGUAUCUAUAUCCACAGUAAAACGAGUCCUAUAUCGACAUAACCUGAAAGGCCGCUCAGCAAGGAAGAAGCCACUGUUCCAAAACCGCCAUAAAAAAGCCAGACUACGGUUUGCAACUGCACAUGGGGACAAAGAUCGUACUUUUUGGAGAAAUGUCCUCUGGUCUGAUGAAACAAAAAUAGAACUGUUUGGCCAUAAUGACCAUCGUUAUGAUUGGAGGAAAAAGGGGGUUCUUGCAAGCCGAAGAACACCAUCCCAACCGUGAAACACGGGGGUGACAGCAUCAUGCUGUGGGGUUGCUUUGCUGCAGGAGGGACUGGUGCACUUCACAAAAUAGAUGGCAUCAUGAGGAAGGAAAAUGAUGUGGAUAUAUUGAAGCAACAUCUCAAGACAUCAGUCAGAAAGUUAAAGCUUGGUCGCAAAUGGGUCUUCCAAAUGGACAAUGACCCCAAGCAUACUUCCAAAGUUGUGGCAAAAUGGCUUAAGGACAACAAUGUCAAGGUAUUGGAGUGGCCAUCACAAAGCCCUGACCUCAAUUCUAUAGAAAAUGUGUGGGCAGAACUGAAAAAGCGUGUGCGAGCAAGGAGGCCUACAAACCUGACUCAGUUACACCAGCUCUGUCUGGAGGAAUGGGCCAAAAUUCGCCCAACUUAUUGUGGGAAGCUUGUGGAAGGCUACCUGAAACGUUUGACCCAAGUUAAAGAAUUUAAAGGCAAUACUACCAAAUACUAAUUGAGUGUAUGUAAACUUCUGACCCACUGGGAAUGUGAUGAAAGAAAUAAAAGCUUAAAUAAAUAAUUUUCUCUACUAUUAUUCUGACAUUUCACAUUCUUAAAAUAAAGUGGUGAUCCUAACUGACCUAAGACAGUGAAUUUUUACCUGGAUUUAAUAUCUGGAAUUGUGAAAAACUGAGUUUAAAUGUUUUUGGCUAAGGUGUAUUUAAACUUCCGACUUCAACUGUACAUUACAUUCUGUUUGUGGCAAGAAUUUUGUAUAAUAAUUUAAAAACUCUUUAAAGUUUUGAAUCAAGCGUAGUUUUGCGUAUCAGUUCAUAAACCAUGUGCCAUGGAAUCGGCACAUCGAAAAUCUCUUUCCAACUAUUUUGGUAUGGCGACGCGGUCAACAUUUUGGUCCUCACGUAAAACUGACAUAUUUGUGUGCCAAUUUUGGUCUUAAAUAAAGGGCAGACAAACAACUUCCUUCUUCCUCUUUCCUCCUCAAUUCUUUACAGUAAUGCUGCAAUCACUUGGUUGUCAUUUUGGAAAGAGCAGACAGCUACAGUCUUAAUCAAUGUGUUAGUCGUUCUGUGAAUCAAUCUGACAGCUAUCUGAUAAAUCAGUCACUUCCCUGUUUACAUUCUCAACAUAUGACAACAACAUCCACUAUGUAUCUACCAUGAAUCACUAAGAUUCUCACUCAAAUACAUGUAAUUAAAUUCAAGACCCUUUUAGAAAUAACUUUCAUUGCCAAAGCAAACAGGGAACAUAUUCUCUCUCUCCUCAUCUCUCCCAGUGUCAGGGUGUGUAGCAGAGCUGCAGGGGCGUACGUGAACCCUACAAGGGGAGCUGAAGGCUGAGUGUGAACGGUUCAGACAGACCCAGGACGCUCUAGCCAACGCCAGGAGAGACCUGACCACCAGAGAACAGAGUGUACAGAGGGCCAAGGACGAACUGAGCCUCGCUCACAGGAGAGCGAUCGGGUUUGGAUACACACACACUUACACUGUAUGAAACACACACACGGGUGAGUGACUGCCAAACAAACUGCACACAAGAGUGUGACUACCAAGGCAGAGGGACACAGUCACACCUAUCACACAUUCAGUUAUACUGUGUGUCUCCUCUCCAGGCCCAGUCGUUGGAGCAGGGUGUGAAGCAGCUGCAGGAGGAACUGAAGUGUCAGAGACAGAACACUGAGAGCAGCUGGCUGCAGCACCAGCAACGCACCAGAGACCUGGACAAACAACACCAGAGGGUGAGGGGGGGAGAGGGGGAUGGGUGUGUCUGAAGGUUGCAUACACCCCUCCACUGUGUGUAAGAUGAUCUGAAGAAGGACAAACAGAGGGUGAGGCUGUGUGUGUGUGUGUGUGUGUGUGUGUGUGUGUGGGGGGGGGGGGGGGGGGGGGGGGUGGGUCUCAUACACCUCUGUAGCUACUCACCCAGGUGUGAUGGUGUGUAAGGUGAUCUGGAAAAAGUCUAGUGUCAACUCAAGUAAAAAAAAAAAGUAUGAAAAUAACAAUAAUGAGGCUAUAUACAAGAAGUAUCAGUACUAAGUCAAUGUGCAGGGGUACAGGGUAGUAAUGAGGCUAUAUACAAGAAGUAUCAGUACUGAGUCAAUGUGCAGGGGUACGGGGUAGUAAUGAGGCUAUAUACAAGGAGUAUCAGUACUGAGUCAAUGUGCAGGGGUACAGGGUAGUAAUGAGGCUAUAUACAAGAAGUAUCAGUACUAAGUCAAUGUGCAGGGGUACAGGGGUAGUAAUGAGGCUAUAUACAAGAAGUAUCAGUACUGAGUCAAUGUGCAGGGGUACGGGGUAGUAAUGAGGCUAUAUACAAGGAGUAUCAGUACUGAGUCAAUGUGCAGGGGUACAGGGUAGUAAUGAGGCUAUAUACAAGAAGUAUCAGUACUGAGUCAAUGUGCAGGGGUACGGGGUAGUAAUGAGGCUAUAUACAAGGAGUAUCAGUACUGAGUCAAUGUGCAGGGGUACAGGGUAGUAAUGAGGCUAUAUACAAGAAGUAUCAGUACUGAGUCAAUGUGCAGGGGUACGGGGUAGUAAUGAGGCUAUAUACAAGGAGUAUCAGUACUGAGUCAAUGUGCAGGGGUACAGGGUAGUAAUGAGGCUAUAUACAAGAAGUAUCAGUACUAAGUCAAUGUGCAGGGGUACAGGGUAGUAAUGAGGCUAUAUACAAGAAGUAUCAGUACUGAGUCAAUGUGCAGGGGUACGGGGUAGUAAUGAGGCUAUAUACAAGGAGUAUCAGUACUGAGUCAAUGUGCAGGGGUACAGGGUAGUAAUGAGGCUAUAUACAAGAAGUAUCAGUACUGAGUCAAUGUGCAGGGGUACGGGGUAGUAAUGAGGCUAUAUACAAGGAGUAUCAGUACUGAGUCAAUGUGCAGGGGUACAGGGUAGUAAUGAGGCUAUAUGCAAGGAUUACUGUCCCGUGUAGCUCAGUUGGUAGACUAUGGCGCUUGCAACGCCAGGGUUGUGGGUUCGAUUCCCACGGGGGGCCAGUAUGAAAAUGUAUGCACUCACUAACUGUAAGUCGCUCUGGAUAAGAGCGUCUGCUAAAUGACUAAAAAUGUAAAAUGUAAAUGAGUUCCGGUACCCGAGUCAAUGUGCAGGGGUACGGGGUAGUUGAGGCAAUACAAUAUGUACACUGAACAAAAACAUAAAUGCAACAUGCAAUAAUUUAAAAGAUUUUAAUGAGUUAAAGUUCAUAUAAGAAAAUCAGUCAAUUUAAAUAAAUAAAUUAGGCCCUAAUCUAUGGAUUUCACAUGAUUUCACAUCACAUGAGAGAUGUGCAUCUUGUUGGUCACAGAUACCUUAAAUAAAAGGUAGGGGCGUGGACCAGGAAACCAGUCAGUAUCUGGUGUGAUCACCAUUUGCCUCAUGCAGCGCAACACAUCUCCUUCGCAUAGAGGAAAUCAGGCUGAUUGUGGCCUGUGAAAUGUUGUCCCACUCCUCUUCAAUGGCUGUGCGAAGUUGCUGGAUAUUGGUGGGAACUGGAACACGCUGUCAUACACCUCAAUCCAGAGCAUCCCAAACAUGCUCAAUGGGAGACAUGUCUGGUGAGUAUGCAGACCAUGCAAGAACUGGGACAUUUUCAGCUUCCAGGAAUUGUGUACAGAUCCUUGUGACAUGGGGCCAUGCAUUAUCAUGCUAAAACAUGAGGUGAUAGCGGCGGAUGAAUGGCGCGACAGUGGGGCCUCAGGAUCUCGUCACGGUAUCUCUGUGCAUUCAAAUUGCCAUCGAUAAAAAUGUUAAUUGUCGGUUACUUCCUGCCAAAUUCUCUAAAACAAUGGUAGAGAAAUUAACAUUAAAUUCUCUGGCAACAGCUCUGGUUGUUGCACGCUCCCUCAAAAUUUGAGACAUCUGUGGCAUUGUGUUGUGUGACAAAACAGCAUAUUUUAGAGUGGCCUUUUAUUGUCCCCAGGACAAGAUGCAACUGUGUAAUGAUCAUGCUGUUUAAUCAGCUUCUUGAAUGCCACACCUGUCAGGUGGAUGGAUUAUCUUGGCAAAGGAGAAAUGCUCACUAACAGGGAUGUAAACCCAUUUGAAAGAAAUUAGCUUUUUGUGUUCGUAUGGAACAUUUCUGGGAUCUUUUAUUUCAGCUCAUGAAACAUGGGACCAACACAUUACGUGUUGUGUUUAUAUUUUUGUUCAGUGUACAUGUAGGUAGGGGUAAAAGUGACUAGGCAUUCAGGACAGAUAAUUAACUGAGUAGCAGCAGCGUAUGUGGAGAGUAUGAAAGUGUGUAGUGUGUAUGUAUGUGCGUAUGUAGUGUGUGUAUGUGUGUUGGAGUGUCAGAGUAGUGUGUGUGGAUCCAGUGAGUGUGCAUAGAGUCAGUGCAAAUUAUUUUUUAUUUUUUAUAAAGGGGUUCGAUGUAAAUAGUCCAGGUAGCCAUUUGAUUAACUGUUCAGGAGCCUUUCGGUCCCAGACUUGAUGCACCGGCACUCCAUUUCCUAUAUAGUGUACUACUUUUGACCAGGGCCCAUAGGUUAGUACACUAUGUAGGGAGUAGGGUGCCAUUUGGGACUCAGAUCGCAGUGUUUCCCCUAUAUGCAUUAUCUGCUAAAUCGUAAAAAAUUUAAUACAUUAAUUAUUUAUAAUGUAGAUGUAUAAAUGUACAUUGAGUGUACAAAACAUUAAGAUCACCUUCCUAAUAUUGAGUUGCACCCCUCAGAAAAGGGCUGUACAUUACAGUAAAAGAGAUGCUUGGUUAUUCCAGGCUCACAGGUGCUACUUAACACUUUCUGAGAAUAUUUCCCACUCUACUAGUAGUCUAGCUUUUCAACCUCUAGUUCAUGAAUGAUAACAAUGAAUCACUUUCAGUUCCUCCAGUCAGUCACCACAGUCUAGUAAAUCAACCGCAGGCCUGACCUCAGUAAAAUACAGUGCAUUCGGAAAGUAUUCAUACCCAUUCCCUUUUUCCACAUUUUGUUACAUUAAAGCCUUAUUCUAAAAUUGAUUAAAUAAAUACAAAUCUCAUCAAUCUACACACAAUACCCCAUAAGGACAAAGCUAAAACAGGUUUUUAGAAAUGUUUGCCAAUUUAUUUUAAAAAAACUCAACUGAAAUACCUUAUUUACAUAAGAAUUCAGACCCUUUGCUAUGAGACUCGAAAUUGAGCUCAGGUGCAUCCUGUUUCCAUUGAUCAUCCUUGAGAUGAUUCUACAACUUCAUUGGAGUCCACCUGUGGUAGAUUCAACUGAUUGGACAUGAUUUGGAAAGGCACACACCUGUCUAUAUAAGGUCCCACAGUUGACAGUGCAUGUCAGAUCAAAAACCAAGCCAUGAGGUCAAAGGAAUUGUCCGUAGAGCUCCGAGACAGGAUUGUGUCGAGGCACAGAUCUGGGGAAGGGUACCAAAAAAUGUCUGCAGCAUUGAAGGUCCCCAAGAACACAGUGGCCUCCAUCAUUUUUAAAUGGAAGAAGUUUGGAACCACCAAGACUCUUCCUAGAGCUGGCCGCCCCUCGGCCAAACUGAGUAAUCGGGGGAGAAGGGCCUUGGUCAGGGAGGUGACCAAGAACCCGAUGGUCACUCUGACAGAGCUCUAGUGUUCCUUACAGAAGGACAACCAUCUCUGCAGCACUCCACCAAUCAGGCCUUUAUGGUAGAGUGGCCAGACAGAAGCCACUCCUCAGUAAAAGGAACAUGACAGCCCGCUUGGAGUUUGCCAAAAGGCACCUAAAGACUCUCAGAUUCUCUGGUCUGAUGAAAACAAGAUGGAACUCUUUGGCCUGAAUGCCAAGCGUCACAUCUGAAGGAAACCUGGCACCAUCCCUACAUUGAGGCAUGGUGGUGGCAGCAUCAUGCUGUGGGGAUGUUUUUUAGCGGCAGGGACUGGGAGACUAGUCAGGAUCGAGGGAAAGAUGAACGGAGCAAAGUACAGAGAGAUCCUUGAUGAAAACCUGCUCCAGAGCGCGCAGGACCCCAGACUUCCUUUUCCUUUUAUAUGUAAUCUUCUCAUAAUCCUCCCCGGUCCUCAACUUUUCCUUAGUGAGUACUUCCUUCCUCAAUUAUGGAGUAAUAUUCCUGUACCUCAUCUCUCUCCCAGGUGUCCCUUCAGAAGCAGGCAUUGGAGAGGGAUGUAGACGCUCUGAAAGAGAAAGUCAAAUGGACUGAGGGGGAACUGAAGGAGAGUGAGAAGAAAGAGUCCCAAACACAAACGAAACUAACGGUAUACACACACAAUGAUCAACUACAGAUGGACAGACUCUUGUGUCCUUUGGUCUAGACAUGUCAAUCUAUUAUGCCUGAACUAAGCAGUGGCCGCGUUAUGAAGUCACUGAAUCAUUUAGUCCAUAUGUUAUUGCUAUAGAAUUGGCUGCUGUUAUCUAAAGAAUAGGUUGGUUAUUAAAAGUUGCAUAGUUAUUACAUAGUUAUUGACUUCAUGCAUGUGAAUGUGUGCUGUUUCUCUCCUGUUGCCCUCCUAUAGGAGUCGGUGCGUGAGAGGGAGGGGCUGAAUGUAACACUGGAGCAGAACAGGAGGAGAGAGAGAGGACUGGAGGAGGAGGUGAAGAAGCUGACUGAUGAGCAGGCUGAGGCCCUCAGACGCAUCAAAGAACUAGAAGGUGAGGAGGAGGAGGAGGAGCGGAGGAGGAAAGAGGGCUGUUGUUGAUAAUGGGGUGUUUACCCUUUAUGACUAGAGACGAUAGACAAUGCUGUUGUCUGUUCAAGGUUAAGAAAUUUGAACAGGACGUGUUUGAGUUAACAAAAGAGUGAAAUCAUUCCUACACCAAAGUCACUCACUUCCUUUGAGCUGCACAAGCUGUUAGUCUUGUUACUGAUACCUUCAACGGUAUUACACCCUGGCUCAUGAUAUUUGGUUGAUUAUCCAAAUAAUGAACUCUAAACAAAUAAUUAACAUUUUCUUGAAUUAACAUGCCAGUUUGAAUGAUAAUAAGUCAUUUGGUUUAUCUUUUCCAGACCAGAAGACAGUCCAGCCCUCUGCUGCUCCAAUGGAGGACAGGAAACAAGAUAAGCGGCGAAAAGAGGAGGCAGAGUCGGUAGUAGAUGGCUGCAUUCCUGGAAAGGAAACAUCCACCAAGGACAAAAACACACUCAACACACAUAGCUCUCUUUCUCCAACAGACCAAAGUCUCCACCUCUCCAGCUCCGCUAGCUCCAAUACAGACUACGAGAGCGAGACCCUGUCCAGCCACUCCAAACCCCGAGCCCAGACCACCAGGGCUGAGGGAGACCUACAGAGGGAGAACAGAGAGCUGCGUUCAGAGCUGCAGGACCUUAAGGAUGAGUUACAAAGGAGACUGGAGGAUCUGGAGACCCAGCGCAGAGCGGAGGCCAAGGCCAGGACCAGGCUCAAGCAAAUCAGCCGCAAACACGCCUCCCAGGCUGAGACCACCAGAGAGAUGGAAAGGAGGAGGGAGUUAGAGGAGAGGGCAGAGAUGGGGAGGUUGAAGGAGGCACUGGCUGAACUUGAGAUAAAGGUCAGGAGAGAUGGAGUGGACAGGGAGAGGAGGGAGAGAGAGGACAGGGAGUCUGAAAGCAUGCUGCUGAACUUCCAGCUAAAAAAGCAGCUGGCUGAGUUGAAGACGGAGCUCUUGAUAGAACAGGAGGAGAGAGAAAAGGAGGAGGAGGGAAAGAGAAAGAGAUUGAAAAACAAAGGGAUAGAAGGAACGAUUGACCUGACUGUGAAGUUUGAAGAGCUCCAGGCAGAGUUGGAGGAACUGAAGAAUCGUGGACGUCUUGAAGUGAAGAACAUGGUUGAUAAAAACACCACUCUGACAUAUCUCACCCUGCACCAUGACAUCAACUCUAACUCCAACAACAACACUGUUGUCCCUGACUACAAGCUACUACCAUCUCCAGACCAGCACCAUCUCCUGUGUGAGAAUCCCAACCUCCCAGGCAACAGCAACAACAGCUGAUCUGAUCCAGGAAGACGGAACUCUGACCAAAGCUCCAGAACUCUCCAGACCUAUUGGUGAGGCAGAGACAACUGUGGAGGCCCAGGGGGGUGUAUCUGCCUCUGAGCUGGGUGAAACCACUGUGGAAGCUGAGAAAGGGGUAUCUCCCUCAGACCAGGGAGAGACCAAUAAAGACCUUCUGAGAGGUGUAUCUCCCUCAGACCAGGCUGAAACCACCAUGGAGCUCCAGAGUGGAGGCCUCUCUGCCUCAGAGCUAGCCCAGGAGGUGGAGCAUCUGCGUGGGGAGAGUGCCAGGGAGGCUGGGUGAGCCAGACAGACCCAGGCCAAGCUGGUGGCUCUACAGAGCCAGGUGACCAGGCAGACCCAGCAGCUGACCCUGGCCUUCGACCACCAGAGCAGACACAUCCAGGACCUGCUGGCAGACCUGCAGGAGAAGGACGGCGGCCUCCUCAGACAGGGACAGGAACUGCAGCGCUGUAGAAAUGAACUGGCCACACUCAGAGAGGAGAAGGAGAGACAGGAGGAAGAGAGGAGGUGGGAAAAAGAGGAGGGGGAGAGAAGGGAGGAAGCGAGACAGAAGGAGGAGAUAGAGGAAGGUAGGGCCACUAUAACCCGUCAGCAGGCUGACCAUUACACAGAUGUACAUCAGAUCACCCAUAGCACUCAGAAUGAGUCUGCCUCUGGGAAAGAAGAGAGUACAGACAUAACAAUGAAACCACUGAACACUACCCAGGCUUCCUCUGCACUUUGUGAUGAGGGAGGUCAGCUGACCACUCCACAGAAAAACUGUGUCACAGAAUCGCAUUAUGUAACAGACAACACUACCACUCUGAGCAGCCAUCCUGUUGAAAAUGAGGUGGCGAAGAUGGUGGAUUCUAAGGCUUCUGCUCAGCCAAGCAGGAGUGAAGAGACAGUUGAAAACACAGAGAAAUUCAAAUCGGACCAUUUAACUGUCACACGUUCCAAGGAGAAGAUGGAACAUCCUGAGGGUUCUUGGCUCCAACAGCAACACGCCCUAGUGACGGACACACCAUGGACAGCCUUGUCUUCAGGAGAGUUACUGAAGAGUUACAGCUAUCCCAGAAAGACCUGAGUCUAACCAGGACUGAGAACACACAUCUUACUGCAGAGCUGGAGAAGCUUCUGGUCCUACCAACAAACAACAGUACACCAGUGGACAGGGUAGACAAGAUGGUAGUGAAGAGAGUCCGGCUGAAGAGCUGCGGUCUCUAA